ACAGCCGGAUAUUUCAAAAUACGUUAAUUCACAUGCUUUAUAUUUAAGGACAAUUAGAUGGGAUUAUUGUAGGUGAUAAAGGAUAUCCCUGUUUGCCUUUUCUUAUGACACCUCUCAGAAAUCCUCAUACUGAAGAAGAAAUCAUGUAUAAUGAAAUUCAAAUACGAACGAGAAUAAUUGUUGAGCGAACUUUUGGUGUAUGGAAGCGAAGAUUUCCAUGUUUGGCACGGGGAAUGUGAACUAAGCUUAUUUGUUCAACAACAACUGUUGUUGCAUGUGCUGUUUUGCACAAUAUGGCAUUACGUUUCAAUGACAUAUUAGAAGAUGAUGACUUACAAGAAUAUGAAGAAGUUCCUGUACCUAAUGCAGAAAAUAUAAAUAUGGAUGGAGAAGUCGCACGUCAAUUACUAAUUCACCGUUUAUUCAAUGGAUAAUAAGUAAUAAUUUGGAAUAAAAAAUUAUUUAUUUCAAUAUCAUAUUUUAAAAAGAAAAACCAUUACAUUAAAAUAUUUUAUGUACAUAUUUCAAUAAAAUCUUUUCUUCACAAUAAAUAACAUUGAUAAUA